GGCGGCUGGGAGGAGGCCCAGGCCCUGGCCCUCGCCCUCCCAGGUGCUUUCCCUAACGAUAGGCGGAGCCGGGCGUUAGGGGCCGUUCGUGUGGCUUUACGUAAAUUCAGGGGCCACUCUCAGAAGAUUUUAGUCACAAUUUUUCCUCGUUUUUUCCCUUACACAACUGAAAACUUAUGUGAGUGCAUGUUCUGGUGAGCUCUUAAGAGCAGUGGCUGUCGAAGGGGAGUUUGAGUGCUGCCGCAGGAGCCUGCGAGGCUGUAGCUGUAACUGUCACAAUUUAAAAUAGUAACUGUGAGGGUUUAAAAGAUGUUGUUUUAAUUGCAGCUUGCCUAACGGUAUGUAAUGCUGCACCUCUUUAGAGUGCCUACUGCCACAACACCUGCCUUCACCUGGGAGGGUAAAAGGAGUACGGUGAGCCCCAGGAGCUUUACCAAGAGGAUGCCUCAGUACUUCUGAGGUUUGGACAAACACGCAUGUAUGACUACACUUGUUUUCACUCUUUGAUCUGCUUCUCUGAUCAUAAUUCCAUGAUGAAACAGUUGUCAGCAGAAACUAUCCGUCUCCUUUCAAGUUCUCAGGUGAUUACAUCAGUUGUCAGUGUAGUAAAGGAGCUGAUAGAAAAUUCCUUGGAUGCCAGUGCCACAAGUAUUGAUGUUAAACUGGAGAACUAUGGGUUUGACAAAGUAGAAGUGAGAGACAACGGCAAUGGAAUCAAGGUUGCUGAUGUUCCAGUUAUGGCGAUUAAACACUACACCUCAAAAAUAAGCUCUUCUGAGGACCUUGAAAGCUUGACAACAUAUGGUUUCCGUGGGGAAGCUUUGGGAUCAAUUUGCUGUAUAUCAGAGGUUUUGAUCACAACAAAGACAGCUGCUGAUGACUUUAGUACUCAGUAUGUUUUGGAUAGCAGCGGACAUAUAACUUCGCAAAAGCCUUCCCAUCUUGGGCAAGGUACUACAGUAACAGUCCUGAAGUUGUUUAAGAAUCUUCCUGUAAGAAAACAGUUUUAUUCAACAACUAAAAAAUGUAAGGAGGAACUAAAAAAAAUCCAAGAUCUUCUGAUAGCAUAUGGCAUCAUAAAACCAGACCUGCGGAUAAUCUUUACACAUAAUAAGGCAGUUAUUUGGCAGAAGACCAGGGUGUCAGAUCACAAAAUGGCCUGUAUGUCAGUUCUGGGAACAGCCAUUAUGGGCAGUAUGGUACCUUUUCAACACUGCUCUGAAGACCCUGAGGUACAUCUUUCUGGAUUUCUCCCAAAAGCUGAGUCAGACAGUUCUUUGACAAGUCUUUCAAGUUCAGAAAGGAGUUUCAUUUUUAUAAAUAAUCGUCCAGUCCAUCAGAAGGAAAUACUGAAGUUAAUUCGACAGUACUACAGUCUGGUGACGCCUAAGGACUGUACUCGUUUAUACCCUGUUUUCUUUUUGAAUGUUACUGUACCUGCCUCUGCUGUGGAUGUGAAUUUAACACCUGAUAAAACCCAAGUUUUACUGCAUUAUAAGGAAUCUGUCUUACUUGCUGUUGAAAAUGUGUUGAAAUCACUGUAUGGGCCACUACCUGCUACAGUCUCUAGUGAAACUAAUAAAACAGAUGUUACCUCAGAAGACAUGUUUGUUCAUAAAACAGAACAAACAGAUGUGGUUGUUAAUGAAAUGGAGCCAUCUGGAAACAAUGAUCUCCAUGCUCAUACUUCAUUCCUUUCAUUCAGCAGUGAUGUGCAAAAUUGUCAAGCAGGAAAAAACACAGAGAUCUGCUUAAAUCAUCAGACGUUUUGUGGUGAUAAUAUGCACAGUCGCCUUGACAAAGAAGAGGUUACUGAGAGUGAUGCCUUUCGAGACAAUUCCUUAAAAAGUGUAUUGUGUCAGGAGAAACAGGACGGACAGAAUAUGACCGAUACUCUCAGCAGUGUUCCAAUGGACCCUCAGUCUAAAAAUGCUGAUGACCAUCUCUUGAGAACUGAUGAUAUUAAUGAAAUAGAAAAAGAUGAAGAAGUCUCAGUCCCUAAAGACUUACCUGAAAUCUCUGCUGAUAAUUGGAGUAUGGGAAAUGGGUUCAAAAACUGCAUAGGAGACAACCUGGAACCUGUUAAGAUUUUGAUUCCUGAAGUUGGAGAAGCAAUUAAUAAGCAAAAUGAAUAUACUGGUGACCAAAGCCAUAACCCCCAAGGCUCAGAUCAAAGUAUAAAGAAAGUAAGCGUGAUAAAUGAUAAAUCAGGACAAGUAAUGGCUUAUGACUUAAUUAGUAGUCAAAUAAUAAGGAAACCAAAGUCUGCAAUAGCACUUUUCACCCAAGAAUAUCGUUCAAAAUUGUUAACUGAUAAUCCAAAGGCCAGCAUGGAGGACAUACUGCUGAAAAUUGAAGAGCAGUGGAAGAAUUUGAAUGAAGAGGAAAAAAAGAAUUACGAAAUGAAAGCUGCUAAAGACCUGGAGCGGUACAACAGGCAGACCAGGAAAGCCCUGGAACAGAGCAGCCACAGGGCAGCAAAGGAGGUGGCGAGGGGACAGAAACCCAGGCUGAAGGCUUCCCUGUCCGACCAGAAAAAGCUUGACGACAUGUUUCAUUCGCAGCUUGAAAAGAAGCAGAAAUCUGACCAGCCUGUGAAAACUGUGACAGUGCCCUUCUCUCUGAGGUCCUGUAAACGUGAAUUCCCGAGGCACAAGAAGAACGACGCAGAUGGACACGAGCUUUGCCUCAUCCGUCGUCAGAGUUUUCCUGAUGUCUGGAUAUUUGCUACUGAGGAGAAGAUAAUGUUGCUUAAUCCAUAUAGAUUGGAAGAAGCCCUGCUGCAUAAAAGGUUACUGAUGAAUCAUAAGCUUCCAGUAGAGAAACUGGACAAGCCAAUUGUAUUAACAGACAGCCUUCUUGGUGGAUCUCACUAUAUGGCUACUCUAUUUAAAAUGCAGAAGGAUUACCAGAGAUUCAAUGGAUCAAGUUAUUUGUCAGAUCCAAGGCUUGUAGCAAAUGGAUUUCAGAUAAAAGUGGUACAAGGUGCUUCAGCUACAGAAAAUCAUUUGGAAAUAGAAGGACUGGCUAGUUGUCUGUCAUACUAUGGUAUUUCUGAUUUGAAAGAAAUUCUGAAUGCAAUAGUUAAUAAAAAUGCAAAGGAAGUAUAUGAAUGUAGACCUCUCAAAGUGAUAAAUUACUUGGAGGGAGAAGCAGUACGUUUAGCUCGGCAGCUGCCCUUACAUUUGUCAAAAGAAGAUGUUCAAAACACAAUUUACAGGAUGAAGCAACAGCUUGGAAAGGAAAAUAAAGGCUGUGUUCAUGGUCGUCCUUUUUUUCAUCACUUAGCAGAUAUUCCAGAAGUUAACAAGCACAAAUCCAAGGAAAUUAUUCAGUAAAUGGAACAUUUUCUUUGGAUCAUGUUUCUCUUGCUUAAUUUUGAUCAUUACUUACUAUAUAAUUUCAGCAUGUUUUGUGCAAAGCUUUUGUAUAAUGACUUUAUUAUCGUAAGUUCACCUUGUAGAGUUUUUUGAGUUUAAAUUCAAAUGCUACUUGAAAACUGAAAAUAAACUCAUACUGUAUAGAGCAACGCAUCACUAUUUUUUCCAUUAUGAAUUUAGUAAAGAAAUGUUCAAAACUG